AUGACAAGUUUGCCUCCAAACAAUUCACAGAUGUCGUCUCAAAGAGACAAAAUACCGCGUGAUUCCAAAGUCAUGGAACUCAUUCUUCGAUCGGCAGGGGUGGAGGAUUUCGAGCCCAAGGUGAUUCAGCAAUUGUUGGAAUUUGCUCACCGAUACACCGUCGACGUAAUCCAAGAUGCAUUAGCAUAUGCCGAACACACGGGAAAAAAUGAAAUAGAUAUUGAUGACGUUAAAUUGGCCAUACAGGGUCGCAUCAAUCAUUCGUUUACUGCACCACCACGACAAGAGUUUUUGGUGCAACUUGCCAAAGAGCAGAAUAAAGAACCAUUACCUCCAGUACCGUUAAAAUAUGGAUUACGUCUACCCCCUGAAAAACAUUGUUUGACCGCACUAAAUUUCCAACUCGUGCCCGAGCAACCAUUACCGUUAUCAUCGCAACGAUACAUGCAAGAAGAUACCAUCAUAUUCACGCAGGCGCAAGAGAUAUCAUCACAAAUUGUCCCAUCCGAACCAGAUGACGUGAUGACGGAGGUUCAACAUGAUGAUAUUGAUGAAUUAAUCAGCACCAAUAAGAAAACCGACUCAGAACCCGUCGAGAUGGACUAUGAGGCCGAGAGUCCGAAUUCAACGACAGGUUUGAACGAAAAUUUCAAACGACCUGCAGAAGAUGAUGAGUACGACGACUUUUAG